UGUGCCUCUCAGCAGGUUUCUGCCAUGGGAGACAGGGGAACGAGCAAUCACUCAGAAGUGACUGACUUCAUUCUUGUAGGCUUCAGGGUCUGCCCAGAGCUCCGCAUUCUCCUCUUCCUGUUAUUUCUGCUUGUGUAUGCCAUGGUCCUUCUAGGGAAUGUUGGGAUGAUAGCCAUUAUUUUGAUUGAUCCCCGGCUGAACACACCAAUGUAUUUCUUCCUAGGCAACCUCUCCUUUAUUGAUCUCUUCUAUUCAUCUGUUAUUGCACCCAAAGCUAUGACCAACUUCUGGUCUGAGAGCAAGUCCAUCUCCUUUGGAGGCUGUGUCACCCAGCUCUUUCUCUUUGCUCUCUUCAUUGUGACUGAGGGAUUUCUCCUGGCCGUCAUGGCUUAUGACCGCUUCAUUGCCAUCUGCAACCCACUCCUCUACUCUGUCCAGAUGUCAGCACGUCUCUGCACCCAGUUGGUGGCUGGUUCCUAUUUCUGUGGCUGCAUCAGCUCAGUUCUUCAGACCAGCAUGACUUUUACUUUAUCCUUCUGUGCUUCUCGGGCCAUUGACCACUUUUACUGUGAUGACCGUCCACUUCAGAGGAUUUCUUGUUCUGAUCUUUACAUUCAUAAGAUGGUUUCUUUUUUCUUAUGUACCAUUACUAUUUUACCUACUGUAAUUGUUAUUAUUGUUUCCUACAUGUAUAUUGUGUCCACAGUUCUUAAGAUACACUCAACUGAGGGACGUAAAAAAGCUUUUUCUACUUGCAGCUCUCACCUAGGAGUCGUGAGUGUGCUGUAUGGUGCUGUCAUUUUUAUGUACUUCAUUCCUGACAGAUUUCCUGAGCUGAGUAAAGUGGCCUCCCUAUGUUACACCCUAGUCACUCCCAUGUUGAAUCCUUUGAUUUACUCUCUAAGAAACAAAGAUGUCAAAGAGGCUGUGAAAAAGAACCUAGGGGAAAAAAUAUUUUUAUUGAAUUCUAUUUUAACAGGGAUAUAA